CAAAUAAAUGUCAAAUAACUAAAAAGUUGAAAAGAUUUUUGCGUUUGUGUGUUUUCUUAUUGAUGUAUCGAAAAUAAGUUGAAAGUAUAUAAGAAUUGUUAAAAAUGUCUAAAGAUCCAAAUCAAAAAGAAGCUAUUAUAAAAGCUGCGUAUGCGGAUAUAAAUAAAUUUGGGCAAAAUGGCGAAUACGAUAAAGCAGUCAAGGCAGUAAAUAGAAUUUUGGGUGUUGCACCAGACGAUCAAACAGCUUUGCAUUGCAAAGUUGUUUGCCUUAUUCAAUUAUCCAAAUUCGAAGAGGCAUAUAAAUUCAUAGAAAAGAAUAAAUUGUCCUCCAGUUUAGUAUUGGAAAAAGCUUACAGUGAGUAUCGAUUGAACAAACCCGAGCAAGCAUUAAAAACAAUCGACAAUGCUGGUAUUAAUCCAUUGCCUGAUAGUCUAAAAGAGCUGCGCACACAAGUACUUUAUCGUCUGGAACGUUACGAGGAGUGCUUUGAUGCAUAUAAGGAAAUCAUCAAGAACACUAAUGAUGAAUACGAAAAUGAACGUCGUACUAAUCUAAGUGCUGUAGCUGCUAACUUGGCUAUAGAUAAGAACAAGGAAAUACCAGAGCUACCCGAAGAGACAUACGAGCAGUACUACAAUGCUGCUUGUAUUGCGUCUAAUCGUCAAAAGUACGCUGAAGCUGAGAAAAAAUUGCGAGCCAGUGAGAAGCUUUGUCGUGAAACCUUAGAGGAGGAUGGUGUUACUGAAGAAGAGAUGCGUGAAGAACUGGAACCAAUACGUGUGCAAUUAGGAUAUUGCCUGCAAAUGCAAGGCAAGUUGAAAGAAGCGGCAAUUAUAUACGCUGAAUGUUUACGCAAUAAACCGAAAGACCCCGUUUUGGUAGCUGUAGCCAGCAAUAAUUCGGUAGUCAUUAAUAAAGAUCAGAAUGUAUUUGAUUCUAAAAAGAAAAUACGUUCGGCCAUGUCUGAAGCAUGCGAAUCGAAAUUGACUAGCCGUCAAAAGAAAGCUAUUGCAUUGAAUAAUUGUCUACUUGCAUUCCUUACUAACUCAAGUGAUCAAGUGCAGCAGUUGUGUCAGAAGUUGGUGCAAAGCUAUCCCGAUUUAGAAUUUCAAACGUUACUUAUACAAUGUUCUCAACUCACUAAGGAUAAACGACAAAAGGAGGCCUUAGAGUUGCUUAAUAAAUAUGCAAAAGCGCAUAAAGAAAAUGCUUUCGCGUCCAAGUUCGCUGUGGUUCAGUUAUUACUUUCACAAGGUAGUCGCAAGGAGGCAAUUGAUAUUUUGCUUUCUCUGGGCGAGCAAAUGUACAAGCCAGGUAUCAUAUCUGCACUAGUAACACUCUAUUUGGGUACAGACAAUAAACCCGCCGCAUCCGAAUUGCUUAAAUCUGCUGUUGAAUGGUAUAAAAUGAACAAUGUUAGUAGUGGGGAUUUGAGUGAUAUGUGGCGACAAGCCGCAGAGUUUCAUUUACGUGGGGGUGCUUCUGAGACUGCUGCUAGUUCACUCGAAGAAUUACUUAAGCUUAAUGCGAAUGAUAUGAAAGUAUUGGCCCAGCUUGUAAUUGCAUAUGCACAAUUCAAUCCAAAACGUGCCUUAGAGUUGAGUAAACGCUUACCGAAACUUGAAACUCUGACCACUGCCUCCGAAAUCGAUGCAUUAGAGUCGGCUAAUUGGGUUAUGUCUACAAAAGCAGUUAAAAAAUCCGCCAAUGCCAAAGUCGAACCAUCGCCAAGUACACCGGUUGUAGAGAAAAAGAAGAAUCGUAAUAGGAAACGUAAAGGAAAACUGCCUAAGAAUUACAAUGCGGAAGUAGCACCAGAUCCAGAGCGCUGGUUGCCCAAGUACGAACGCACUGGAUUCCGUAAGAAGCGCGACCGUCGUGCAAAGGACAUUAUUAAGGGUUCACAGGGUAUGGCUAGUGGUGCAGCUGAGCAAUAUGAUAUGUCAAAUCGUGCAAAUCUGGGAAAAAAUUCGCCAGCCACACCAGUUUACCAAGAACCAACACCGGGACCACGUCAACAACAUCGCAAAGGUGGUCAUAAAAAGAAGAAGGGCGGUCGCUUCUAAAUGCAUUUAGGCAUUUGCUUAGUUGGCAAGAAACAUGCUUUUAACAAUUUUGUAAUGUGCACCUUAUUGCAUGGUGUAUUGAUGAAUAUGUACUAGCUUAAAUAAAAUAAAAUGCAUUUGGAUUUAAA